GGCGAUUCACCUGAAAUGGUAGAGUACAAUGGAAUGAAAACUUUAAUUAAUGCUCUCGAGAAGGGUGUCGGGCAUCUAAAAGGAAAAUUGAUAUUUGGUUUCCAAGAUAGCAUGUACAAAGAACUGGAUUGUGGUGAGCUAGAUGAUGCUGGAACGGGAGGUAUCAGUGAAAGUAAAUUUCUAAUCGAUCACUGCGGAAGUAAAAAUAGUGGCCUAACUGGGCUCUUCAAAGGUGUUCUCUCCACAUUCGAGAUUUAUAAAGUACGAGAAUGCGAUUCAAGGAUCCUUAUUCCUGGUGGCACUUCCCAAGUACGUCAUUAUAAAAUUCCUUUAUAAAACAGGUGGAGAAUCAUAGGAAAGCAUCAAAGGUAGCAUCAAUAAAAUUCGUUGUUGGAGCAUUCCAUUUUGGUGGAACUUCUUAGAGAUAUUUGAAGAAUCCUUACGAUACUCUUUUAGCUCUACCGUCUCAAUACCAAAUAUUGUAUUCUUAUCAUGUGCUCUGAAACUAGGAUCUUAGUAAUUAAAUAUUCUGAACUAACACGAGUUGUGAGAAAAUAAGAAAA